AUGAAGGGCUCAGGUGAGGAAGCCGCCAACAGCCAGAACCCCGAGGCCGAAGCCCACCCUCAGGACGCGUGUCCCUCCCGCAGUGGGGUCGGGCUCACCGCGCCGCACCUGCCUUCCCAGGCAGGCCGCCCGGCGCGGAGGAGGGCGGGCGUGGGCGCCACAGGGGCCGGGCGCGGCUCUACGGGAGGCUCCAGGCGGCAGCUCAGGCGGCACCGCCAGCUACGCGGCUCGGGAGACGGCGCGGAAUGGGCGCGCAGGAGUUUGAGGUGGCCGCGGCGCUCGGGCCCCCGGACCCUGACUCCGUGGCGGCCUGGUGGGACAUGGCCGUGCGAAACCUGCGGUGAGUACCCGCCCCCCGGGCGUCCCCGGUCCACCCUGGCAGGGUCCCCGACGGCUCUGGCUGCCCGGGAUGAGGCGGGUGGGGGCGGUGAGGGCAGGGCCAGGGUCCCUUUCUCUGGCGGGCGCAGCCGGGCCCAGUUUUCUCCGCAGGAACCAGAAGUCAACCACCGUGGCUCCAGGGGGCCCCCAGAGCCCUGCGAACUCUGGGGCUCUUUGGGCUGGGUUAUCACAGUGGUUAAGAGCUCGGCUGCUAAUCGAAAGGAUCUUAAGAUAAAAAACAAACCAAGACAAAACUUUGAUUUUGAAAACCUUGUUUGUUUCACAAUAUCUUGCAGGUCUGUUCCACACUCUUGUUCAACACUCAGAAGAAAAAUUGCUGCUCUGUAUAACAACUUUACUAGUAAACCGUUAAAAGAACACAUUUUCCCUCCUUUGAUGGACAUGCUAAUUUUUUUAAAUUUUUACAAAGCACCAUAUCUUGUGGAUUUAAAGAAACCGGAGAUAAAGAUUGCUCACACAGUGAACUUCUACAUUAAAGUGGAACCUGGGGUGAUCUUGGGAAUCUGGCACACGGUCCCUAGAUGCCGGGGUGAAGAUGCUAAGGGGAAGGACCAUUACUGGUAUGAGGCAGCCCUUCAUGAUGGCAACCCAAUUAUAGUUUAUCUCCACGGCAGUGCAGAGAACAGGGCAGCUUCUCAUCGACUUAAGCUAGUGAAGGCGCUGAGUGACGGUGGCUUUCAUGUCUUGUCUGUUGACUACAGAGGGUUUGGGGACUCCACGGGUAAGGCCACAGAGGAGGGACUGACCACAGAUGCGGUUUAUGUCUAUGAAUGGACCAAGGCAAGAAGUGGCACCACGCCUGUGUGUCUCUGGGGCCACUCUCUGGGAACAGGAGUUGCAACAAAUGCUGCAAAAGUACUAGAAGAGAAAGGAUGCCCAGUUGAUGCUAUUAUCCUGGAAGCUCCAUUUACCAACGUAUGGGUUGCAACUCUCAAUUAUCCCUUGUUAAAAAUUUACCGUAAACUUCCAGGAUUUUUACGCCUGCUUAUGGAUUCCAUGAAAAAAGACAAAAUAGUCUUCCCUAAUGAUGAAAAUGUUAAGUUCCUGUCUUCUCCCCUUCUCAUCAUACAUGGAGAGGAUGACAAGACAGUGCCUUUGGAGUAUGGAAAAAAGCUCUAUGAAAUCGCAUACAAUGCAUACAGGAAUAAAGAGAGGGUCAAAAUGGUUAUCUUUCCUCCUGGCUGCCAUCACAACUACCUUUGCAAAAGCCCCAUACUACUAAUAACUGUAAGGUAA